CUUCAAACAAUUAAUUCUGUAUCGUUCAACCUGACCGCCUCAAUCACCACGACCAAUAUUCAGCACGACCUGAUAAAUACCCUGAGACCGAUUCCUCGCGUUUCUCAUCGCACACCCGCAUUCUGAUUCCCCGUCCUCAUCAUGAUCGACCCAAACGACCUCAUUGAAUCAAGAGGAGGAGAUCCCAAGAAAGUCAUCGACAGCCAGAAAAGAAGAUAUGCGUCUGCGGAGAUUGUCGACGAAGCCAUCACAUUGUGGAAUGACGCCUACCAGACACGUUACAAGGCUCAACAGUAUGGCGCAAAGAUCAAUGCUGUUCAGAAAGAGAUUGGAAAGUUGAAGAAGGAGAAACAAGAUGCAUCAGAACUUCUACAGCAAAAGUUGGAUCUCGAGAAAGAGAAGAAGCAGGCGGAGGAAGAAGCCACCGAGAAAGAGAAACUCAGAGACCGAAAGGUCAAACUGAUUGGAAACUACGUCCAUGAGUCGGUGCCGCUCAAUGACAACGAGGAUUUCAAUGAGGUCGUGGCACAAUGGGCACCUGAAGGAGUCACGGUCGAGAAACGCGACGUCCUCUCACAUCACGAAGUCAUGACGAGGGCAGAGGUCUACGACGGCGAACGUGGGGUCAAGUUGGUCGGCCACCGUGGCUACUUCCUGCGCAAAUGGGGUGUCCUGCUGAACCAGGCCCUCAUCAACUAUGGUCUGCAUUUCCUAUACGGCAAAGACUACGAUCCCAUCCAGCCCCCUUACUUCAUGAAGGCCGAGUACAUGGGCAAGACCGCUCAACUGGAACAGUUUGACGAGGAGCUGUACAAGGUCGUCGAGGGCGGCGGUGCCGAGGACAAGUAUCUGAUCGCAACCUCGGAACAGCCCUUGUCGGCCAUGUAUGCCGAUGAAUGGUUGACCGAGAAGGAGCUGCCCAAAAAGUUUGCCGGUUAUUCAACCUGUUUCCGCAAGGAGGCAGGUGCCCACGGGAGAGAUGCAUGGGGCUUGUAUCGCAUACAUCAGUUUGAGAAGAUUGAACAAUUCCUCUUCGUCAAACCAGAAGAUUCAUGGCAGGCUCUCGAAGACAUGAAGUCGACAGCGGAAGAGUUCUACAAGUCAUUAGGCCUUCCCUAUCGAGUCGUUGUCAUCGUCUCAGGCGCACUCAACAAUGCCGCUGCUAAGAAGUACGACCUUGAAGCCUGGUUCCCCUAUCAGGGUGAAUACAAAGAAUUGGUCUCGUGCUCCAACUGCACCGAUUACCAGACCCGAGAGUUAGAGAUCCGCUACGGUCAGAAGAAAGGUGCCAUCGACUCAAGAAAGACGUACGUUCACGCAUUGAACGGCACCUUGUGCGCCACAGAGCGAACCCUCUGCUGCAUCCUGGAGAACUACCAACGAGAGGAUGGCUUUGAGGUACCCGAGGUCCUGAGGAGGUACAUGCCACCUGGAACUCCUGAUGUUAUCCCCUACACAAAAGACCUACCCAAGGAUUCAGCUUCGGCCAAGGCUAAGCAGACAACAAAACCAAAGGCUGAUGCAGUGGCUGAUAAGCUCAAGGAUCUGAAGACAUAGUGGCUGGCGACAUGACGACUUUGACGGUAUAGAUGAAUCAAGAUGACAUGGCCUGGAGUAAAGAAUCCUGAGGGUAGAUGUCCGCUUGAGUAUCCCAUUCGUGCGCGUGCUCAGCAUGACCGAUAGAAAUGAUGUCGAUGGUUCCCAGUGCCUACCCUUUUGCUUUGACGCGGAAUCCAUACUUACUCUUGUCUGGCCAGUGCCACAGGAGACACAAAUAGCCGUUCUGACAUCCAUUAAGAUUCUUCUAUAGGAAGCGGGAUAACACCGCUAAAUCACUUCUUUUGACUGGCGGGAUGAAA